CAGAAACGACUUGACGAACAACAGCUCACAUGACCCUCCGCAAUAGGGAAAAGGAUUUUCAAUUGGACAAUUAAAAUUUGGAAAGACAGUAUUGGAUUUAAUCAUCCUGGAUUAAAGGAAUGUUAGUGGAACGUUUACAACAAUAGGAAAUUGUACAAAUGCAAAAUAAGAACCCUUUUCUCCCAAAACAAGAAUGACAAUGACACCUAUAUCGAACAGUGAAAUGCUUAAUCAGUUCCUGGAGGACCAAGUACAGAAUGGAAGCAUCAACCAAAGUGACAACACCCCCAUCCCCACAAACCUACCAUCACCCAUACAACAAGCUGCCCCCCAGACUCUCCUCGAGCAGGACAUCAUCACAAACCUACUGCAGCAGUCUAACGGCGACCAGCUGCCCCAGCAAAUCAACACCCAAGUUCUCAACUCGCAGCCCACGAACUGUGCAGGUUUACAAGGAGGAAAUCAGCUGUUCAAUAACCUGUUGAAGCCUCCUGAUGCUAGUGCUUCUCCCAGUAACACACCCAUACAGUCAGUCAAUCUCUCUGAGCGGAGUAUAACUGAAGUGCUGCAGCAGAUGUUGUCCUCCAGUCAGCCCAAGAUGCCCCAGGAGACAGCCCAGGCAGAAACUGUACCAAUGAUAGCCACCACCUAUUCUUGUACCAAUACAAGCAAUUCAGGCUUGUUAAAUAAUGUGUUUUCUACAGAAGCUGUUACCAUGGUGACAACAAACAGCAUCACAACUGGAACAUUCACGGCCAAUCCACCGACAUCUGUGCCAAUUACAAAUACAUGUAUGGUUAAUGUGCUUUCUGGGGAUGGUAACUUGAUUCCUGUGAAAACUGAGCCUGGUCCAACAGGAUGCCAGGUUGCUUGUGAUUUUCCUGUGGAAACUUGUAAGGCUCCUCAUCCAUCAUCAACUGAACCUGGGAACCAGAGUCAGCAGACGACUAUUACUACCGGAAUUGGUAAUAAUGUGUCGUCAAACGACAUGAAAGUGGUUACCAGUCCGAUGUCAGGGCAACAGCCACGUAUGGACCUUCCCGCUGACCUGGCGAAUGUGAAACUACAAAUGUUCUCACCUGUCUCCUCCUUGCCACCAGGCCUGCUCAGCACCUCCCCACUGCUACUGAAACUGGAUCCCUCAAGUCCAUGGCCCCCGCCCAUACAGAGACCUCGCAAGGUGAAGGACACUGGGUUGGGGGCGCAGUUCUCUGCUCGUACCCAGCAGUAUGAACUGCGGAUUGUAUCGCAGCCAGAGGAGCAGCACCGAGCACGUUACCUCACGGAGGGCAGUCGUGGGGCCGUCAAGGAUCGUUCCCAGCAAGCUCAUCCUGUUAUUAAGCUUAUUGGCCACAGCGACACUGUGUGUCUGCAGGUGUUUGUGGGUAAUGAGACUGGGAGAGUGAAGCCCCAUGGCUUCUACCAAGCCUGCAAAGUGUGUGGCAAGAACUCCACACCCUCCAAGGAGAAGGAAAUAGAUGGCACUGUCGUCAUAGAAACGGAAAUGACACCAUCAAGUGAAAUGACAGUCAGUGUUGAUUGUGUUGGCAUCCUUAAACUGCGUAAUGCUGAUGUGGAGAAGAGAAUCGGAGUUGCCAAAGCUCGGGCAAAGAAGAAAAACAGCACAAGGGCACGGCUGAUAUUCAGAGUUACCUUCCAAAAACCUGACGGCAACUUCCAGACGCUUCAAGUGGCUUCAUCGCCCAUCAUCUGCACUCAGCCAGUGGGUCAGCCUGAGAUCAGCCGGAUGAGCCUGGAAGAGACACCUGCAACUGGUGGGCAGGACCUGUUCAUCAUUGGGAAGAACUUCCUGAAGGGCACCCAGGUCAAGUUCCAGGAGAUCUCCGUUGAGAACGGCAAGACGCUGUGGGAGAAGGAGGCUGACAUUGACCAGGAAUAUUUCCAGCAGACACAUUUAAUCUGCAAAAUUCCUGAGUAUCAACAGAAGAGCAUCUCGAAACCCAUCCUGGUGCAGAUUGUCAUCCACUGUCGAGGGAAGAUCAGCGACCCCCAGGAGUUCUAUUACAACCCAUUGCCGACCCAACAAGUGGAAGUUCCAAUGGAAACAGAUCAGAGUCAGAGCAAGAACGCCCUGCCCUGUGUUUCACCAGUUGCUCUGGAGUUGAACCGACUGGUGGAAAGGACUCAGAGCAGCCCAUCUCCCAACACCAGCCUGUUCCAGCUACCCCCAGGGACUGUUGAUGGCAUCACCCCCAUGGCAACUGUCCAACAGGGUAUCCCCACCCAGGCUGUACAGCCAUUUGUCAAGCAGGAGAUAGUCUCCACACCCAUGGAGACCUCACAGCAGCAGCAGCCCCAACAGCAGCAGCCCCAACUGCAGACGCCACAGCAGACCCAACUGCAGCCACAGCAGACGCCACAGCUGCAGACGCCACAGCAGACGCCACAGCAGAUGCCACAGCUGCAGACGCCACAGCUGCAGACGCCACAGCAGCCACAGCUUGCCAAUAAUGUGUUUGGCAAGACACUGCUUGAUUUAUUGAAUGCUUCAAACCAACAGGUUCCCCAAACUUUGCAGACAGGAGUGAACCAGCCCAACUCUCAGAUCAUUCUUGUGAGCAACAACGGCCAAACUAACUCCACCGCUGUUGCUACAGAGGCAGGUGUAGCCAACCAGCAGAUACAGGGCAUGAUGCAGUCAUCACCAAUGAUUGUCAUCCUCCCGGGAAACACCACAAACGCAACAGGCCAAGUUCAAGCACAGGCUACAGUGAAUAAUAUACCAAUGGAGUCAAUCCUGAAGUCUCUUCUUGGCCAUCAGACCGGUCCGACAUAAAGAUUACCAAGGUUCCAGCCCAUAACAUGGCUGACCGACAAGUGACCAUGGUUUGGAGGAGAAUCCUGGUGAAGUGGGUUAAAGCAGCCCACAGCCUGCCUGUCCAGGGCAAAGCCUGUCCAGGGCAACGCCGCUUUGUUGCAUAUUAUAUAGAGGGCUCGGUACUGCCAGCUCUCUGGUCAUAGGCAGCUAUGUUUUCAGCAUUUCCUUUUAUUUGUAAUGUGAAGGGACCUUGAGUUCAUGUUAGGGUUGUUGAAUGUGCCAUGUUUGUUAAUGCUUUAUCACCAGUUCGUGACUACAUAACAAAGAAUGCCAUCAAUGCAGUCAUGUGGUCAUCAUCAUAUCAUAUCCAAUUAAACGUUCAUAGCAACUGGGAACAUAGCCGGAGAAUGACUCUUCAGUCAGCAGAGUGCAAAGCUUUUUUGAGAUGUGAGAAUGGCAUGUAUUUUACCUGGUAACAUUUCAUGAUAUCACUGCCAAAGACACAUUUCGGAGACAAUUACAAGGGGAUUAGACACUUGUCUUUACUUAACAUUGAAUCAGCUACCCAACAAGACUGAAACACUGUUAGAGGAUACAGGCAUGCAUGCAUCAGAUAAUAGUGUUCUGUUUAAACCAACUGAAGAAGUGAUGAAGAUGAAAUUAACUUUCAGUUUCUGGCAGGUGAUCAUGUCAUAAUCCUGACUGACUUGUAUUGGAAUCAUAUCAAAUGGAUAACAUCUGAAACAUUACUAGUUUAAUCAUAUCAUGCUUAAUAGACUUAAUGCAUAAUUGCGUAGAUUUCUGUUGGUGUGUUGGUGUGUAUUUGUCUUUCAACACAACCAUUGCUUAACACACAUUUGUAUUUUUGUCUGUGGGAAACAACUUUAUAUUUUGUAGUGCUGGAAGUGCAUUGUGCUUCACUUAUUAACUUUGUUGCUUUUGUCUUAUACUUUCUAUACAAUAUUUGUAUACUUGUUACCAAGUUUUGACAGUGUAUAUGGAGCACUGUCGGUGUAAUACAGUCAAAGAGGGCUGGUUACAUGUCCCUGCUGCAGCUUUAUUUCAUAUGUUGUGACAUAACUAUGUAAUCCUAUACAUGAUUUACGAACCAUACAAAAACAUCACAAGUGAUGGUAACACUGACAAAUUCUUAUUAGUCAAAUUACUGUUUGGGCUGGUGACUGACAAAGUAAAGAUACUCAAAAUAUUUUUUCAAUGCCUGGAUUCAAAUGGAUAACAUUUGUCCUUAUUUAUACAACAUUGAUAAAAGCAUGUCAAAACAUGAAUGUUCGUUUUUUCGUAUUCCUAAUUGUGUUUGUGUAUCAUUUCAUUUUGUUCCCAAAACUGUUCAUUGAACUCAUUCCAUAUAAUAUUGUCCAGUUGUGUUGUUUUUGUGUUGUUUUUGUGUUGAAGUGCUCUUCCUCUGUCAGGUGUUGUCAGGGGCACAUUUGUAUGGGAGUACUUGGGCAUGAUUUGAUAUUAGUGAAUGCAGUAAUGUUUUGCCAUAUUUUUAUAUGUCCCAGUGACACAAAGUUUGGUUUAAUACAAGUAUUUGACCUGUUUGUAAUACUGUAGUUUUCUACAAACAUGUGAACUGCUCUUUAUAUGGGAGCUUUUACCCCUGUCGUUUUUUCCAGUAUUGUUUUUUAAUGGUCACAAUGAUUCAGUCAGUUCACCCAACAUUUCACAUCACACAUGGUAAUUUCACCUGUUUUAUGUUUCUGACAGUUUCUUGCCAACUUUUCUAUUUGAAAGCACAAACAGAUAUUAGUUUUUCAUUGGGUGUCUUCUAUGUUGUCAAAUUGGUCACUGCUGACAUCUCUUAUAUUAAAAUGUCGUGUUCCUAACUGUUUCUAGCAACGCUGGAAAUUUGAAAUGUCUCUGGGGACUGACACAUCAACAUUUCUUGUUUACUUUGGUUGAUUUCCUCUACAGAAGAUGCUUUGAUUUUGAGAUUCAUAUUUUGAGUACUUC